GUAAAUGGGGUCUCGGGUUCAAGCAGCUGGUCAAUCAAUCUGUCUGUGGCAUCGAGCCGCGAAGCUCGACAAUGCGUAUCAGGAGAAAGGCGGACAUGUGCAUCUAGAUAGCCCCCCUGAUGGAUGGGUGUCUGAGAUGCUGCCACUGCAGGGCCCUUUGUGCUAGGCUCUGUCAGGCUCUGUGCUCUCGUCGAUUGGAGCAUGGAGUAUUUACAGAUCGUUGAGUGGGAACUGCACUGUACAGUUGCAGUGGCCGCAUGGUCUUGGACCUGGGCCCAUGAUCGUGAAGAAAGGCGGUGCGUGCUGCAGGAUUCUCGUCCGUAGAUGAGGUUUCUUGUUUACUUGUUCGCAGCUGGACAUCUUGGGUCCCGAGCGAGGAAGAGUGAGCGAGAGGGAUAAGUGGACGCCUUGGCCACACUUGGCAUUGUUGCGGGCUCGACAUUUUGUCUUCUCGGUGGUCCUGUCGUUGACAUUGUGACAUGGUCUGCAUGGAUCUCAAAGAUGUUUUUUCACCCAAUUCUUCAUCAUCUCAUCUUCUCCACGAGGACGUCGUCCGGGUGUUUCUCGGAGAUCUGGCAAUCGUUCUAUAUAUUGUACUUAUGAAUCGUCGUCGGAUGACUCCUCCUGCGACUGCCACAGGAGAAUGGCCCGUGGGUAUAAGUGAUCGAGCUUGGAGAUGACAGAUUGUCUACUUCUGACGAUCACGAUCGUUAAACUACAGAAGGUCCGCAACCUCUCGUUGAAUUGAGUAUCGCUCGAGAAGAAGUGUGCCAGACGGAGCGAUUCCAAGAUGCAUUUGACAUACGAGAAACGCUUCUGGUCGAGAGCCGGGGAGGCUCUCAGGACAGGAUUUGCCUGCCUGCUCGUGGGGAUCAUGCUAGAGUACGUGCCUGCAGUGAAGGACCUUAUGGUGGUCUCAGUUCUUUCCUACGUUAUCGCCGUCUUGGUCAGUGGACCUACAUUAGGUACUGUUAUACAUAACGCGCUGGGGCUGCUGGCAGUGGCUGUUCCCGGGUUACUGUCUACUCUGAUCGUCCUGCAGGUGCUGAGACCACCGAUUUCCAAAGUCACUGCCGUCGCAUGCAUUGGAGUCAGCAGCUAUUUCAUAACAUAUUUGUCGAAUACAAAUCUACUGGGGCGGAAAUCUGCGCUAGCUCAAGUCAGUAUCGUGUACAUUUACGCGCACUAUGACAGUGGGAUGAAUGUUGUGACCUUCCCGUUGAGGAUGAUAGGGCCCGACAUUCUUGGUGUUGCUAUGGGCAUCGUUGCGACCCUCAUACCCUUUCCUCGCCUCGCCGUGUGGGAGGUGCGCAGCAGUGCGAAGUCAGCUGCCAGAGGAACUUCAGAAGUUUUGAAUUCGGUUGUGAGCGCUUUUUCUGCAGCCGAUGCGAGCAGCUUUGGAUCCAUGUACUUGCAUUCGAAGAUGCUGGCGAAAGCUUCUCGAGAAAUUCUAGCUACUUUGAAAACAAAGCAGAUAAAUCUGACCUGGGAGCCAGGAUCAAAGAGAACGAGAUCUAGUUUAAAACGAACGACAAAAAUACUAUCGGGCCUGAACCAGCAUCUGACCGGGAUGGAAAUGGCGAUGGAGUCCGGCCACUUUUUACAAGCCCCAGCCACGCUGCGUACCUUGCUACGCAGCCCUCUCGAGAAAGUAGUAGCCGUCUCGAAGGCCUUGCUCCAGUGCGGAGCGAAAAUGGCUGAGCUCGAUCCUUCCGAGCGCAAGCUUCACAAGCACAGGCUGCUCGACGAAGCGAAGGCGGUGCAGAAUCUGUUUGACCAGGCUCUCUCGGACGCGAGACGGAAGGCGUUUUACGAAGGGGGCGCGAUUGAGGGCGAGGGGCCCCGGGCCCCAGAGAUCCAGCGCGUCAAUGGGAAUGCAAAUGGGCAUGGCGGUGGCGGCGGCGGCGAGGGAAUUUUAUGGAUCGACCAUCGGGAGAGCGGCGACUCCGGUUACGUCAAACGCAAGUUCCGAGGUCGCGUGUCGUCCUACUUUUUCCUCUUCAACAUGCAGCUCUACCUCUCGGAAGCAUUGAAUUUGGUGGACACGGACCACAACACGGCCACGAAGAUGCACCAGAUCGCCAUGUUCGGGCCUUCGAUGCCGGAUUUGGAAGAGUCCAUUCACGGUCGCACCAGCGCUCUCGAGUCGAUGGGUCUCUCUCGCGCUGUCGGUCAGGCACCGUCGAGCAAUGGCGGCGGCGCUGGCGGCGAGGAAGCGCCGUCGCCGUCUCCAGACGGUAAGGAGUCCGGUAACCGCCGUCGCAGCGCAGCCAUUUUCUCAGAAGACGCCGUCGUGGUCGAGGACCAGCGCCUCGUGUCGCUGAAACGGCAGUGCAGUCACCGUCACGGUGUGCUGCCGUCGAAGCUCAAAAAAGGGACCGCCCCCGUCAAUCCGUCGGCGGUCUCGAGAUUCUUCAGCAAAGCCCACGAGAUUUUGCACAAGUGCGGGGCGAGCAGGGCGCAGGCUCGACGGUCGUUCAAAAUCGCCCUGUCGAUGGUCAUGGCGGCCACGUUCGGGAAUUUGAUCGUCAGCCAGGAAGCGCACUCGUUCUGGGCCACGGUCACCGUGGGCUUCAUCAUCGGGAAUUAUCAAGGAGGGUCGUGGCGCAUCAGCAGUCUGCGUUUGCAGGGGACGGUGCUGGGAGCGAUCUAUGGCUACCUGGCCUUGCGGGUGUCGAAGAAUCACAGCUGGGCCAACCUCUUAGCUCUCAUCCCCUGGGUCGUUCUCAGCAGCUUCGUGCGCUACAGCACUGCGUAUGGUUACUCGGGCCUGGUGUCGGCCUUCACUGCCGCGGUUUUGAUCCUGGGCGGAUUCGAGAACGAUAUUCGCAAGUAUGCCAUGGACCGCAUCACCGAAACUUUCGUCGGCGUGCUGUCGUUUGUGUUCGUGGAGACGGUCGUGUUUCCGGAGAGAGCGGUGCUGUUGGUCAGAAAGGAGCUGGUGUCGAGUCUGAUCGGGCUGCGGGAUUGUGUUGCGGCAAUUGUGGCCGUGUACACUGAACAGGAGUGCCUCGACUGUCGGAGCAUAGCCGUGCACGAGAUAAAGGAGCUGGAGCAGCAGCUGCGGGCGAGCUUUGUCAAACAGUCUGCUCUCCGUGCUGAGGCCUGUCUCGAGCCGGACCUUUGGUUUGUUCCGUUUCCUGGAGAGGUUUACUCCAAUCUGAUCGCCAUCGAAGGCCGGAUGCUGGACUUGCUGUUUUUUAUGGUCUGCUCGCUGCACGCCACCACGGAGGAUUGUCUGACGGAGCAAAUGCAGAAGCUGCUGGAGCCUCUGCGGACUUCUUUGACCGCCUUACAAGAAGAAGUCCUGUCCACCAUCGACUCACUGCAACAGGUUUUGCAGCUCAAAGUCCAAGGGACUGGCAAGUGGAGUCGUAUGAAGGAAUUUUUAAAAGAUCUCAAAAGGGGCAGCUCCUUCAACUCAGAUGUGGAGGAUCAACAACAGCAGCAGGAGCAGCAACCACCGCAUCCUCUCCUGGUUCUCAACCAUCCUUACCGACACGUCGAUGGAAGCCCUCUGAAUCUCAAAUCUACCAUGGACCGCUUCGAACAAAGUUUCGAGGACACUGUCGAGGAUUUGAUCGCAUCGACCAAACUGCUGCCGGGCGCUCCGAUUAUCAGCAACUCAGUCAUGCUGUCAUUUGGAUCGCUCACUUUCAGUUUGCAUUCUCUACUCAGAGAAACCGUUCAGCUCGAGAAAGCAGUUCAUGAGCUGGUCCAAGCCGAAAAUCCCUGGAGCGUUCUGGAUUUCUGGGACACUUAUUCCGUCACCCAGCUUUGGGAGCAACAUAGUAGUGUGAAGGCUUGACUGACAUACAUUCUGGUUUCAUAUCGGACGGUUUGUAAAUUACGCGCAACGAGAGUCACAUCCCAGCCCAAAAGUCAGUAGAUCUGGAUCUGGCUGGAAGCACGGUCUUGCUAUCGGAUUCGAUAAUAACAUUACAGCAUGCCAUGCCAGACAGAUCGUAGACACGGCUCACGCCGCUAAAGUGUCAGGGGUCAAAGUGUACAUACAUCCUCCUUGGUCACACGAGUUUUCCCACGGGAUCCAUUUGUGGAUGCUGUGUGAAAAUUCUUGUGCGAAUCUGCGGAGGUACAUGAGGAUAUUGAACAAUUGAAGCGUCGUACGAACCUUCCGGUUCGACGAAAGCUCGACUCUACUCGACAGUGUUGCAUGUAAGAUGGAUGAGGAGUAAGAACGGUUUCCUAUGACGUAACUCAUGGUUGUUUGAACCAUCGAAACGAGGAGUUUGAAUGUCUAAAGCUCAAGUAGACGAGAUAGAGCUAAAGGAAACUGGCCCCUGGCAUGGACGCAGAGGAAAUCAAUUCACAACAGAAAAAUGCCAGCUCCAAGAGAAGGUCGGAGAAAGAUUAUAGCCUGAGUCUUAUAAUUUUGGAGAGAGCUAAAUUGUUUCUAGAUAAACCUCUGACUGAAAUUUCUAUGGGAUAUAUAAGCUCUCUUGAUAACUGAAACCAUGAACAAGGAAAAC